AUGGCGGAUCACCAUGACCCCAUGCUCAUGGUGCUUCCCACCCUCUCUCCGCCCAACACCUACCAAGCCGUUGUCAACGGUGGCACCUUCGAUCGACUGCACGACGGCCACCGCCUCUUCCUCACCGCUUCAGCGGAGUUGGCAAAGUCCCGGAUUGUAAUCGGAGUUUGCGACGGUCCUAUGCUGGCCAAAAAACAGUUUGCUGAACUGAUACAGCCAAUUGAAGAAAGGAUAAAUAAUGUCAAAACUUUCAUAAAGUCUAUCAAGCCAGAUUUGGAAGUGCAAGCUGAACCAAUCACAGAUCCGUUUGGUCCUUCCAUUACAGAUGAAAAUUUGGAGGCUGUGAUUGUAAGCAAAGAGACAUUACCGGGAGGAUUGGCAAUAAACAGGAAAAGAGCUGAAAGAGGCCUUUCACAGUUGAAGAUUGAAGUUGUGGAUUUGCUCUCUGGAGAAUCAGGUGAAAUUAAGCUGAGUUCGUCGAUGCUACGAAAGAUUGAGGCUGAAAAGGCCAAACAACAAAGCACGAUAUUGCAGACAUAG